UGGCUGUCAGCGGGGGGGGGGGCUACUCUCUUACCUGCCGUACCUGUACGAAGGAGUGCCAGUCGUCAUCGUCCGACUCCGAGUCAGGAUACACCUUUUCUUCCUCCUGCAGCCCGGAGAGGUAGAAGUCGGCCAGGAAGGCUGGGAGCUGAACCAGCGACUGCAGCAGGACACCGAGCAUGGAGCCUAUCACGUCGUGGAGCGAGGAGCGAGUCAGCGAGUGGCUCCAAGGUCUGGACGCCCCCCUGCAUCAAUACCAGGUGUCUGAGUGGCGUUUGUCAGGUAUGGAUCUGCUCCAACUGACCUCCAAGGACCUGGAGAAGUUGGGAGUGUUCAAGAUCGGACACCAGGAGCUGAUCCUGGAGGCUGUGGAGAAACUGUGCUCUCUGACGUACGGCAUGGGAGGGGAGAACCUGCGCAGCCUCACCGAGAAGCUGCGCGCCGUGGCCCACACCCUCCAAAUGGGCAUCCAGAGCAGCUGGCGCCGCAACAGCUACGACGGAGGCAGCACGGUGAGGCUGCCCGCGGGCGUCCUGCAGGUCGUGGUGGAGCUCAUCACCUCUGCCAAAGGACUCUUCUCUCUGCUCAACAGGUAUCAGUUUUCCCAGCUCAGUGGAUACACCUCCAGUAAGAGCAUCCUCAACUACUGCAGAGAACUGGGAGAAAUCGUCCACAAGGAUAACUCCGUCUUUGAUAAGGAAAAGGACAUCAUCUCUGUGUGCCGUCAGAUGGUGGCAGUUUGUGAUGAGAUCCUGAACUCCAGCUCCAACUCCUUUCUUACCCACACUGCUCAGCUGGAGAGUGUCGACCUGGUGCCUGUGGCACCUGGAGAUCAGCUGGGAAUCGAGAUAACGUCGACGGGCUCCAGUAAUCACUACGUGACUGGAACUGCAGCUGAGCCUUCAGCCGAUAUUUUUGUGAAGAUCUUGGCUGGUGAUGAAGUGAUUCAAGUCAACGAUCAGAUAGUGGUGGGCUGGAGCAGAGCUAACCUGGUCAAGAAGCUGAAGGAGAAUCCCAGCGGGGUCACUCUGGUCCUGAAGAAGAUACCUGGAUCAGUGAGACACAGAGACCCCGUCCUGCUCUCCCCCCAACAGAAAGAAGAAGAAGAAGAAGAGGAGACAGAGGAGAGGUCAGAGGGGGAAGAGGAGGAUAACCCAAGGCACUCCAUAUUUGAGAGGGUAGCAGCGUCUGUCCGGUCCCUGUCUUUUAGGCACGGACUCAAAAUGAGCUUUUAUUGUGUUUUGAAGAGUGACAGAUUUGAUCGUCACUUGGCAGUUUCACUCAGGCUCACUGCUGGGUUCAUGAAGAAUAACUACAUUAUUAACAUUCUCUCAGGGAGAGACUUUGUCAGCUCGGAAAACUUGAGGCUCUCUCCGAGCCGGGUACGAGACCGGUCGCCAUUACCCAGAAGUCCGUCGCCCUUGGCAUUCAGAAGUCCCUCUCCUCAGGGAGUCAACGAGGAAAGAGCGAGUGUCAGUUCCUGCCCUGAGAUGGUAGGACACACGGGGAAUAAAGACACAAAGAAGUCUUCUACUAAAGGCAUGACAACGGCUCUGAGUCGGCGGCGCGUGUCCUGCCGGGAGCUGGGUAAACCUGACUGCGACGGCUGGCUGUGGAAGAAGAGAAAGGAGAGUGGCGUGUUCAUCACCCAGAAGUGGCAGCGCUUCUGGUUCAUCCUGACGGGGCCUUCACUCUACUGGUACACGAGCCAACAGGACGAGAAGGCCGAGGGUUUCGUCAACAUAUCGAGUUUUGACAUCGAGAGCGCUGGAGAGCACAAGAGGAAAAAUGUGUUUCAAAUGUGCCACCGGAGAUUUCACAACUUCGUCUUCGCUGCCGAUAACCUCGGGGACAUGACCAAGUGGAUUAACAAGCUGAUAACGGCCAUAAAGAAUCAUAAGCACAAAGGCCCUGAGAGUGAAGAAGAAUGUUACAGUGAGACUGAAUCAGAGAGCGAGGGAUCACCUUCAACCCGCAGAAGAAACAAGAAAGUGCAGUCCAACACUCUGCCUCGACCCAAAAGGAAGAUCGACAAGGUUCCAUUCUCGAGUCCGUCAUCAGGGGGCAGCAAAGGAACAGGAGGACCGGUGGACGAGAUGGGUAUGAUGCUGAACAACAUAAAGGAGGGAGGAGUGACUCUGAUCGGCAGCGAGCAGCCGUUCACGCACGACCACUUCAGGAAGUCGUUCAUACGACGCAACAAGAACCCCGUCAUCAACGAGAAAGCGCACACGCUCAGGGCCCUGCAGAGCACACUGAAGGCCAAAGAGGCGGAGCUUCUGCAGAUCAACAAGCUCCUGGAGGAGUCCAGCCUGACGCCUUCAAAGUAUCGUCAGUGGAAGGAGAGCAACGAGGAACUAAUCCAGGAAAUCGAGAGAGUUGUAUCACUCAAGGCCGCCAAAGAAAAAGACGGCGGGGCAGCGCAGGGCACACCUGCCGAGGAGGUUGCCUCGGAAACCGUCGCCACGGAAACAGCGGCCGAAGGCGCAUACAGACUGAGCCUCAGCGACGGGGAGCAGUUGGUGGACGCGGAACCCGCCGAUGUCUUUUUGGAGAUCCCUCAGGGCUCCCCGAGUCCCGAGGGAAGUCCGGUGUUAGAACUCUCCCUGGGAUCUCUGCAGGAGUCAAUAAAUAAACAGCUGAGCGAGAUGGCGGAGAGCGGAGAGGCUACGGAAAACUACUUUUACAUUUGAGAAACCCCCCCGACUCUCCUCUGGCACACGCUGUCACAUCACUGCACAGUUUCUCUGUUUAAUCGAAUCAGACAAAUGAAAGACGUUCAUCAGGUUUGCACGGUGACAAAGGUGCAUCCACCUGAAACGAUCAGCCGAACACAACAUUCAAAAAAUCUGCACUUUAAUCAAGUUUGUGGGUUCAAUGCAUCAGAUUUGGACUUAGAUUUCAAACAGCAAAAAAAAAAAGUGUACAAUGCAGAAAAGAACAAAUUGCCAAGUGUCAUUCUUACUUCAGUAUGUAUUUAUAAAUUCUAAGACUGUUCUUCUGAUAAAAAAAUGUAGGACUUUUUAGAGAAUUUGUAAUAUAAGUCCUGCCUCUUUUAAUGUGACAUGUAAAUACAAUUUUACAAUAAAUACUGUGUGUAUUUGUUUAUUGACACGACCUUAAUAAAGGUUUACUUUUUAAAUAUUUUGCACAUGAAAUAUGCCUUAAAAUCACUGCUCCAUC